AUGGAAACAACUAUCAAAGAUUUUAAUAAAUUACAAGAAAAUGAAAUGCAAAACGAAAUAGAAAAAUCAUUAUUAAAUAAUGAAAUCAUUGUUAAGUUCUGUAAAUAUGAAUACUAUAAUACUAAUAAUAAAAAAAAUAUUAAAAUCAUGAAAUAUAAUCUAAAUACAAUUCCGAUUAAAGGAAAUAUUUUAAUUAUCGAUCAUGGACAUAAUAUUUCUGGAAAUGGAAAGCCUUAUGCUUCUAAAAUACUAGAAUCGCCAACAUGGCUUGAAAUUUGUAAAAUAGCUAAUGAUUUAAUAAAUACAACCGGUACUUAUUUUUUCAAAUAUCUCCAUGAUAUUUGUGUUGUUCAAGAUUUAGGAAACAUUAAAAUAUGUUGUCUUGGUAUGGGAGGUAUAGAUUCCGAUCACAAAAUGCUUAGAAUAUAA